AACCCAAACAAAUGAGCAAAAUUAAAUGCUGAUAUUUUUAACUUUGGCCUGAUUUCUGGGCUCUAAUCACGAAUUAGUUUUGAUAAGCAUAUGACUAAUCUGUUCUGGCAUACCUCACAAUUAUGCUACGCCACCUGACACUUAAAAUGGUCAAACACAGCAGAAACAUCCGUGGGACAGUAGAGAAGUUUUCCAGUGAUCUCCUGAGUCCAGUGAAAGGAACAAAGACUGACCAUCCAGCGCGGAUGCUUGCCCUACAGAAGACAAUGCCACAGCUUCCAGUUCCUGCCCUGAAUCAGACUCUAGAGAAAUAUCUGAUUGCCCUCAAGCCGCUGUUGAGUGAAGAGGAAUAUGUGGAAACUGAAAAAAUUGUUAAGAAGUUUGGGUUGCCUGGUUACAUCGGGCGUCAGUUACAAGUGAUGCUGGAAAACAGAGCUGCUGAAAAAACGAACUGGCUAGAUGAAUGGUGGCUAGAUAAAGCCUAUCUUGAGGGACGGAUGCCUGUUGUGGUUCACUCCAGUCCCGCCCUGAUUCUUCCAGCUCAAGACUACAGUGGCAUCCAGGGACAGAUCAGAUAUGCUUCAAAGUUGUUGUCUGGAAUCCUAGAUUACAAAACCAUGAUAGAUGAUGGUACAUUACCCAUCCAAUAUCAUGGAAAAGACCCCAAGUGUAUGAAACAAUACUACCUCGUGCUGAACUCGUGCCGAAUCCCCGGGAAAGGACGUGACUCGGUCUUCAGCCAUCCAGCCAAUGAUCCUUACAGACCCAAACAUAUCAUAGUCAUCCAUAAUAACCAUAUCUUUUCCUUGGAUGUGUAUGGUAAAAAUGGCGAAAGAUUAAAUACUCUCCAGCUGUUUAAACAACUAGAGAGAGUUGUAGGCGAGUCUGCCCAUCUAACGACACCGCUAGGCCUCCUCACGUCAGAAUCCAGGCCGGUGUGGGCUCAGGCUUAUAAGCAGUUAAUGAAGAAAAAAAUAAACAAGAGGUCGUUGGAAGAGAUCCAAAAGAGUAUAUUGGUGCUAUGUUUGGACCAGCCGAUGCUACAUACAGCUGAUGGGGGUGCUAGGGCCGAUCUGUGUGCAGGCCAGAUGAUCCACGGAGGUGGUAGCAAGUGGAAUAGUGGCAAUAGGUGGUUUGACAAGACAUUACAGAUGAUUGUCGGGGCUGAUGGAGCCGUUGGCUGUCUCUACGAACACGCACUGGCCGAGGGACCUCCCAUUGUGUCAAUACUUGAUCACACUCUAGAUUACAUUGCCAAAGGUCCAUCUACGAGACUUCUACCCGCAACCAGCAUUACUCCUCCAAGAAAGUUACAAUUUGACAUCCCAGCUAGUGUUAUGGCUGAUAUUGAAGGUGCCAAGGAAAACAUUGACUCACUAGUUGAAGACUUGGAUCUUUCGACCAACAUCUUCAAAUCAUUUGGCAAGAAUUUUGUCAAAUCGCAGAGAUUGAGCCCGGAUGCAUUUAUUCAGUUGUCUUUCCAGCUUGCAUACUUUCGAACAUUCGGCCAAACAUGUUCCACCUACGAGACAGGUUCAACUAAAAAGUUCCAAGAGGCACGCACAGAAAACAUUGGAUGCUGUACGAUAGAGUCACUAGCAUUUUGCAAGGCUAUGGGUGAUGCAAGUUUGACCACGGGUUCUAAAGUGGAACUUCUGAAGAAAGCUGUUGCUCGUCAUAGUGCUAAGACAAGAGAGGCAAUGAAUGGUGAAGGUAUUGACAGACAUCUCUUUGGCCUGAAACUGACAGCAUUAGAGAAACGCAUGAACAUCCCCGAUCUCUUCAUGGACUCUUCCUAUCAGGUCUACAUGCAUCAUAACAUUUCCACGAGUCAGGUCCCUGGUAAACAUGAGUUAACUCUCUUCUUUGGACCUGUGGUACCUGAUGGAUUCGGGAUUUGUUACAACCCACAACCUGACCAGAUUCUUUACGUCGUGACCGCAUUCAAUAGUAGCCCGGAAACAAAUGCCAAAGAAUUUGCUCAAUGUAUCGGAAAAUGCCUUGUAGAUAUGCAUGAUUUGUUACUGCAGGGCAGUGUGCUCAAGUCUAAGUUAUAGUUGAAGGGCAGAAUGGUGCAGGUGUACCCCACUGUCCUGCAGAUGUUGAAGCUGCUGGAUGUCUCUCUUAUUGCCAGUUGAUAGUUUGAGAACACUACAAUAGAUGGCAUGAGUGAUUUGGUAUCUGACUUGGGGGCCCUUGCAAAAGAAAAACUCUGAGCUGGGAUAAUAAAUUGUCGACAUUCAUAUCAACAGCCUGGGAUGAAGAGGCAGUAAAGGGUUAAAAUUUACAAUCCCCGAUCGGAAAUGACGUAGUUUGAUCGCAUUCAACUAUAAAUCCAUUGAACAGUGGUGCUUCGUUAGUCAACCGAUGACCUUUUUUUGGGGUGUGAUCGGGGAUUGUAAACUCGUUCCCUAAAUAGUAUGCCAGGUGACAUGACAGUUCUUUUCAGUUUGUCAGACAGCUGGUGCUGUAAAGUGAAAGUGCUAUGUGAUUCCUUCAGAUAGAAUCAAAAUUGAAAUAGACUAUGCUGUGUAUAAACUUGGGCCUUUUUAUUAAUAUUUGAUAUCAGUAAUUGUCUGUCAUUUGACUUUGGAAGACCUUUGUGGAAAGCGGAUAUAGAUUAGACAGAUAGAUUGAUCAUGGACAGCAAUGAUCAUGAAUGACUUUAUGUUAAACAUGAAUAACUGUUAUGUCAAUUUGAUGUGUGUUUUUGUAUAUUUAUUACUCUAGUCUGUGAUAUACCUGCGCCUCUUUAUAAUACAUGUAUAUCCUAAAACACCUUGG